AUGCUAGGAAGGAACUCCCUCAGCCAGACAGAACCAAAGCAUUUGAAGACCGAAGAAUCAAUGGGGAGCGGCGUUCUUCGCGCUCCAGAGAUGGGAGCAUUAUUCUCGAAGCGCAAAGCCGUUACAGAUGUCGAUAAGGCGAUACUGUCGUUGCGAACGCAGAAGCGGAAACUAGCGGAGUAUCAGAAGAAGGUCGGUGCAGUUAUCGAGCGGGAGCAGGAGGUGGUGCGGCAGAUGAUCAAGGAGGGCAAGAAGGACCGCGCGCUGCUGGCGCUCAAGAAGAAGAAGCUUCAGACGGACGCGCUCGCCAAGUCGGACGCGUGGGUGCUGCGGGUGGAACAGCAGCUCGCAGACAUUGAGAUCACUAGCCGGCAGGCACAGGUGUUUGAGAGCCUGAAGGCGGGGCACAUGGCGAUUCAGGAGCUGCAGAAGGAGAUCAGCCUGGAGGACGUGGAGAAGCUGUUGGGGGAGUCGGAAGAUGCAAAGGCCUUCCAAGACGAGGUGGCUGCCAUGCUGGCGGGUGCGCUGUCAGAGGAGGCUGAGCUGGAGGCUCUUGCUGAGCUGGAAGCACUAGAGACAGAGCUCGCUAUGAAGGAGGUAGAGGAGGAAAUCCCUGCUGUGCCCCAAGUGCCUGUGCUGCCAGACGUGCCAAAGGAGCCGCCGGUUAAAACACCAGCUAAAGGGGAAGCGGAGGAGGAGUGUGCUGCUGAAUCUGCUGAGGCUGAGGAUGGAACGAGCAGAGAACGAUUUCGUGAAGAACCUCUUCCUGCAUAA